UUCAAUCUCCAUUGAAAAUAAUCAGUAGGUUGAAAACCGGUACAUGUAUGUGUAGUGUGUGAAGGUAUUUCUUUGGACUCUCAGAUUUGCGAAAUUUUCAUCUACCUGACCGCCUACACGUAUUUAUAAAUAAACAUUCGUGUUUAGUGCAAUAGUUAUUGGAUUUGUGUGGCAAAAUGACCAACGCACCGGUGAAAAAGGUCCCCAUACAUUUGCAGAGCUCUCAAAAUCGGCUGCUGAUUAAAAAUGGACAAGUGGUCAACUAUGACGGGAUGGAAGAAGCCGAUGUCUACAUCGAAGAUGGAAUCAUCAAACAAGUGGGUCGCAACCUGAUCAUCCCUGGUGGUACACGGACAAUUGACGCGACGCGGAAGCUGGUGAUGCCUGGUGGCAUCGACCCCCACACCCACUUCGAGCUGGAGAUGAUGGGUGCCAAGGUGGCGGAUGACUUCUACAAAGGCACCCGCGCGGCUGUGGCUGGUGGCACCACUACCAUUCUUGACUUCGUUCUACCCGAAAAAGGACAAUCCCUAAUGGAAGCUUAUAACAAUUGGAGAGAAAAGGCGGAUAACAAGGUCUGCUGUGACUACGGUCUCCACGUCGGAGUAACCUGGUGCUCGCCCACCGUAAAGAAGGAGAUGCAGCAGCUGGUGGCAGAACACGGGGUCAACUCGUUCAAGGUGUUCAUGGCCUACAAGGACACCUGGAUGCUGAACGACUACGAGCUCUGCCAGGUGUUCGAGACCUGCGCGGAAUUGAAGGCUUUACCCCAGGUCCAUGCAGAAAACGGUGAUAUAAUAGCUCGAAACACAGAAAAGCUACUCGCUGCUGGCAUCACCACCCCCGAGGGUCACGAGCUCUCGCGUGACGAAGAGGUGGAGGCGGAAGCCGUCAACCGAGCCUGCGUCAUCGCUAACCAGAUGAACGCACCCCUAUACAUUGUACACAUGAUGUCGAAGAGUGCGGUAGAUGCUUUGCGUCUCGCUCGGCAGAAACAAAAGCAGCCCGUUUUUGGUGAAACUCUUGCGGCCACUGUUGGUACCGAUGGUACGCAUUACAAGAACGCUUGCUUCCGGCACGCGGCCGCGCACGUCCUGUCGCCCCCUCUACGCCCCGACCCUUACACUCCUGAGGCGAUCAUUGAAGCACUCACUAUUGACGAUCUCCAGCUAAUCGCCAGUGAUAAUUGCACGUUCCAUGAAAAGGACAAAGAAAGAGGCAAAGGUGACUUCUCUAAAAUACCCAACGGCGUCAAUGGUGUCGAGGACCGCAUGGCCAUUCUGUGGCAGAAAGCUGUCAAUACUGGCAUGAUGGACCCGUGUCGUUUCGUGGCUGUGACCAGUGCCAAUGCGGCGCGUAUCUUUAACCUGUGGCCAGCGAAGGGACGCGUGGCCGUGGGCAGCGACGCGGAUGUGGUGGUGUGGGACCCGCAGCUCGAGCGCACCAUCUCUGCCGCCACUCACCACCACGCGCUGAACUUUAACAUAUUUGAGGGCACACGUGUGGUUGGAAGUCCUCAGUACGUCAUAGUCAAUGGACGAGUCUGUCUCGACGACGGAGAAUUACGAGUGGCCGAAGGUCAAGGCAGAUUUCUUCCCACACUCGCAAACGCCCCCUACGUGUAUGGUGAGGAGGCGCCCGGCACCCCACAACAUGCCACCGUACACUACGCCUCCGACUCCCCGAGGCAGUCUCCCCAUAGAGUCACCAAUGGCACACCCACUGAGCUGCACUUAGUUAACAAGCAACUGGACGGUCUGUCGGUGUCUGGUGCCAGCACGCCCACGGGAAGGAAAAUGCGCGAGCCUGGACAGCGAAAUCUUCAGAAUUCCACCUUCUCCAUCAGCAAGGAACUAGAAGGCCUCGACACGAAAACGUCAGUUCGCGUGCGAAACCCACCCGGCGGAAAGUCUUCCGGUUUAUGGUAAACCGGACCGGAGCGCGGCCGGAUCACAACCGGACCGGAAGCUUGCGGCGGCGCUAGUUAUGUUUGUUUGUGGAAAAAUAUCAUUAAUCGAUGUCGUAUUUAUUUGGAAGUUUGAUGUUUUGGAUAAGUAUUUAAUAUUUUUGAAUAUAUCAAUGGAGAAACUGACGAAUAGAACCGGGAAAAUAGAAACAAUCCACGAAAUAUUUUAAGUAAUAAUACAGGACGGUGAAAAAAUUGAGACUAUGAUUGCAUUUAUUUUUUGGGCUACACUUACCCCACUCCAUUGAAAGUAAACAGGGAUCGAUGGGGCAAGACACUACGAUUCUUCAGUAUGAGAUAAAGAGGACUUUCUUAGUUCUCUUUAACUCAGAUUGUUUGAGUUAAAGGGAACUAAUCCGGUUCUAUUCGUCAUGUCCUCAAUGAUGAUCAACAAUUUUGAAAACUAAUGCAGUGAACACUAACAAAAAAAAACGUGGUUACACAUUGAAACGUGAACUAAUGUUUUAAGAACGCCAUCUAUCGGCGCUGACGUAAGUUAAUAACAAUUUCGAUCGUCAACAUGAAACUCUAUAGAAAAUAUGAAUAUUUUUUCACAAACGAAACGCAUUUGUGUUUGAGCUUGAAGUCGUUCAGGAACCAAUGUUAGAAUUUAAAUGUUAUUUUGCUUUUACUAACAUAAUUAUUCAGAUUGAAAAAGUUUUGAAUAACUGGUAAAAUCAACGUGCACGAAUUUAUAAGAUUCUGACGUUAAUAUUUCAUCACCAUCAUCAGCCUGUGGACGUCCACUGUUGGACAUAGGCCUUCCCUAUAGAGCGCCACCACACCCGGUCCUCAGCCUUUCUCAUCCAGCCACCAGUUAAUAUUUAAUAUUUCGAAAACAUUGUUCUGCGUAUAAUUUGUGUUUUUUAUUGAAGUCGUAAUUUAUAUUAUCACCAAAUUAAUUCUUAUGGGAGUCUGACCCAGGAUUGAUUUUAAGAGCCUGUGCCAGAAAAAUCGUCAAUUAAAAAAAAAAAUUUUUUUUGAGAUCGGGAUGGAGCAAUGGGUGCAAGUUACUUUUACUUACAGAAAGCUUUUCAUUUUUCAGUUUCAAAUUAGUUUUUUUUUUUUUAAUUUCAAUAAAUACAAUAAUGGGGAAAAAAUAUCAGUCGUCACGAAAAAUUAUGUUAGUAAUAGUUUCAUAUUAUGUUAGUAUGCUUAGCGUUUAGUGCAUGUAUUUACUAUUUGUAAUGUAUUUAAUUAUUUAUUCAGUUAUCUAAUCUAUAGACUGAGCCCACACAGAGUUCGAUUAGACGAAUUUUUCUACUGAACUGCAUUGAUAUAGUAAAUCCAAGAUAUACAAUGACUUUAAAUUCUUACCAAAACCAAUGUAAUUUGUAGAUGCGAGAGAUAAAUAUCUAUUAUUUAUUAUUUGACUGGUUCUAACAGUAAAAUAUUUUGGUAGUUCUUAUUUUUUGCUAAAAAAAGGUAAAAGUGUCCAUCACUGGUGCAUUGUCCAUUACCAGUGCCAUCACUAUGCAAGAAUAAAUAUCCUGACGUCAGUACGACUUUAUACAGUUAGGUUUGUCAAUUUAAGAUUUGAAUGCCAUAGCGAUUAGAGUUUAGCCACUAGUACUUAGUACUCAUAUUUUUUUAUUAAGAUUAUGAAAAAUUAUAUCGAUCAAAAUGAUAAAGCAAUAGUUUUUUUUCUGAAUUCUAUGUAAUAAUAUUCUUUAAAGAACUGUAAUAAAAAAAGGAAUCUUUGGAUUUUUUCUAUCAAUGCUAAACUGUUUAAAAUGUAUAAUUUUAUUGAUUAGUAAAAUUAGCGUAAUUUAAAGUUUUCAUAUUAAUAAUAAAAUCAAUAUUACCUAUUUUGUAACUGACUGUAAUUUGACUACAGACCAAUAUAGACAAAGAAUGUGUAAUUUCGUGAAGUUUGAUAACAAUUACAGACUUAAUCAGAUCUUUUUCAUCAGCUAAAAACCGCUCCUCCUUUUUGGAAGUCGGUUAAAAAUUGAAUUACUAUUCAUAGAUGUACAUUGUACGGUCUAUCAAGUAUUUAGGUCUCUCAAAGUGCAAAAUUAUACAACUACCUACUACAAUUUUUAUAUUUAAUAGAGUUACAUAGUUGGUAAUGAAAAUUUCACAAUUUACUAUACAUACUUUAUAAAAUUUCACAUUGUAGUUCGUUAUAGGAAAAUAAUGCCUAUCACGCCAAAUCGAAUAUUGAAUGUGUUUCCCAUAGGUGUCAAAAAAAUACAACCUCAUAAAAAGAAAUUAGUCUCAACAUUAUACUAUUAAAUUAACUCGACUAAAUGGGAGCUAACUUAUUUUGACAGAUUAUAUUUUCAAGGAUGAUUUUUAUGUUUGUUUACAUCACAAUUAAAAUAAUUAAUCAAUAAUAAUAAUCGAUUGCUUUGUUGAUUAAGUAUUUAAUUUAUUGAAUAAUUUUGUGUACAAAAUAAUUCUGUACUUAGGUAUUGAUAUGAUUUCGAAUUGUUGCAAAAAGCAAUAUUAAACCACUUAAAUUGUUCGCUUACGUUUUUUCCAUGUAAAACGUAUUUUGACAUAGAUUAUAAGUAUAUUAUAAUUAGUUAUUAUAUAAAUGCUAAUACAUAGUUAUGUUGUUUAAUGUUUUAUUAGAUAUCGCACGUAAAACCAGUAAUUUUAGAUUACGUUACACCUUCAGGAUUAAAGUUACCUAAGAAAAAAAUAACUUUCAAAGAAAACCCACGUUAAAAGACUAGGACAAGAUCUACUGAGAAUACUUUGUCCUUGCUCAGACUUAAGAGCUUCAGGCAAAAUUAAAACGAGACAGACCUAUGUGAGAAUAAUAAAUCUAUCUCUUUUAAUUAUGUCUUAAAUCUGAGCAAUGUCAAACUAUGCUCAAUAGAUCACAGCCUUGGAGCCGAUUUUUUGAUUCGUAGUAAAAAUAUAUGUAUAACUAUAGUUUUAUCUUUUGUCUGACAAAAAUAAUAGCAAUUAUUUCCUUUUUCUGCAAAUACUUAUAGUGUAACACCGAAUAAAAAAAUCGGCUCUUGAAACCGAAACCUAUAAUUUUGACUUAGGUCAUUUAUUCUGAAGAUGGAAUUAGAUAUUUAUAUUUUUAUUAUACUUAAUCCAUUUUAAUACUAACACAACCCAAAAAUUUAUAUUCUUUGGUUAAAAUGAAACUAGGUUGAUUGGAGUAUAUAGCAUACGAUAAACGUAUUUUGAGAAUUUUGAAUGCAUUUUUACAAGUUUUUCUAAUAUGACCAAAGAUCUUAAAUCUUCUAGAAUCUUAAAUCUUCUAGAAACCUAUAAUGGAUACCCGUGACUAGUGUUACAUAGUUUUGUAAUCGGCAUCACAUAUUGAUGGGGUUUUAUAAGUUUUCUACGUCCGUUAUUCUAUACUCCCGCAUUGUCACAAAAUAAACAAUGUAAUCUC